AUGAGAGGAUUAAUAAUUAGAUUCCGAUUUUCUGAAUAAGUUUCAAGUCAAUAGCCAAUAUAAUUGAAAAGAUUUUAUAAAGAGGCAACAAUUGAAAUGGCCAUAAAUCCAACAAAUCCAUAUCAUUAAUGGAUAGUAAAAGUAUAUUAAUUAAUAAUAUGAAAUUAGUUGGAUGGAAAGAUAGUAAAAACACCUUCUAAAAAUACAUUGGCUGUGCCAUCACCUUAAUUGGCAUCAUUUAUUGCUCAUGAAUUUAAUAUGUAAACUGAAUAUAUAAGACCAACAACUAUGCCUAUAUUAACUUUAGCUAGAAAUGCAAUUGAUAUUGAGGCAGAUGAUCGAAUUAGAUAAUCUAUAGAAUAAUCAAUUAUUAGUUAUUUAGAAAGGGAUACAGUGUUAUUUAGAGAGAAUCCAGAUACUAAAUUAUAUAAAAUCUAAAAAGAGAAAUUAGAUCCCCAAUUGAAAAUCUUUAAUGAAAAAUUUGGAUUUUAUUUGAAACCAAAUUUUGGAUUAAAUGUAUAGCCUUUAAAAUAAUAUGAUUAAAUUAGAAUUGAAACAAUAGUGAGUGAAUUAAAUAAUUGGUAAUUAGUGAGUUUAGAUGCAAAAAUUGGUAUGUAAUUAUAAAUUUAAGUAGAAAAUCUAAAAUCAUGUAUAUUAGCAUUACUUAUAUGGAAUAAUCAUUUGGAAGUGGAAGAGGCAACAAGAUUGUCAAGGUUAGAAGAGGAUUUCCAAAUUGCAUAAUAUGGAAAAGUUGAGGGUCAUCAUGAUUACGAUGAGAAUACUAUCAUGAUGAAUGUAUCAGCUGCUAAAUUAUUUGCAUAAUUGAUUUAGACAUAAAGUAUUGCUUAUUGA